GACUGGUAACGAUAUUAAUCAUGCUUGGACUGUUUAUUCACUGGAGAGGAGAGAAAAUCAUCAGAGCUUCAUCGAGGGAAUUUAAUUACUUCCUCCUUAUCGCAACUGUGAUAGUCUAUGGCAUCAGUUAUGUUUAUCUCCUUAACCCAAGUGUGAUCGUUUGCUAUUGUGGACUAUGGCUUCAGCAUUGGCUUCACAAUCCUUUAUGCUCCGCUCCUUGUGAAAGUAGCCAGGAUUUACUUCAUAUUUAAAGCAGGUUCUAAACUUCAACUGGAGCUACCAAAGUGGAUAGAAGCCAAGAGGUCAAUGGUGAUAACAAUGGCAUUGAUAGUUAUACAGAUUGGCAUAACAAUUGGUGUGUUAGUGACGGCUCCUCCAAAUAUGACAAAGAAAAUGCCAGUUGAAAGCGAGAAGUAUGUUGAACUCAGCUGUGAUUUCCCAGUUUGGAGUAUGAUUAUUUCAAUUAUAUUCAAUUUGUUACUGGUCUUAGCAACAGCCACAUUAGCUUUUCUCACCAGGAAACUACCAGAUAACUUUAAUGAAACAAUGCAUAUAUUGUUAUCUGUGUGUGCAACUGUAUUUUUAUGGUUGUCAUUUAUCCCUACAUAUUUCAUAACUGAUCGAGCAAAGCAUCAACAAAUGCUGUUCUCUGUUAUGUUUUUAUUAACAGGGGCAGUGUCAAUUUUGUGUUUGUUUGCACCACGCAUAUACGCUGUUAUAUUUGUAGAUGAAAGUAAGAUAAAAUUCUCAUCAACUUUUGCUUUUAAACAGCAGAUAAAAACAUUUGAAAAAGACAAUGGACAGACAUCAACACUGUCAUCAGUGGAAAGUGUAAACAUGUCAAAGUUGUAAGCAUUCUUGGCUGUAGAAGUCAAUUUGAUGAUUAAAACCAAACAUCACGCUUCAGACAAUCUGUAGAAUUGUGUGACACGCAAGACCAGACUGAUACAUUUGAAGAAAACAAUUGAUUCCUAAAUAGGUGUUGUCAGAGAUUGGUUGUAUUAGUCAUGUGACCAAAUUAUUAUUCAACAAGCAAGGCAAUGAUUGGCUGUAUUUUGGUCAUUUGAGCUUGGAUUCCUGAGGACGUAUGUUUUGUCACAGAACCACAUACCGUAUACUAUUUUGAUGAAUCACUAUGGGUGAAGGAAACUACAAAUGUAAAUUAUGAAUGGGUCUAUAACAAAGCAAUUAACAAAAGCAGUUGCUUAGACAUGUACAAAUUAUUGGUUCAAAAAGAUUGAAUUAUAAUAGAGAAAAAUAGAGGCAUAUUCAACAGGAAAUAAAGUGUUAUUUGGAGAAUGUUACAAAAUGAACAUAUGUGGAGACAAAUACUAGAAAUAAUAUUAUUAAAAGUUUACAAUUUUACUCAAUUUAAAUUGUUAAUAUACCCAGAGGAUUGAUUAUUAUUACUAG